AGUAGCGUACUUCCAAAAUUGAAAGCAAACACGCAUGCGCAGAUAUUAUUUUUGUUUAGAUUUAGAAAAGCAACUUGAUGGAUAAAAGUUAUCUAAAUACAGCUUAUGUACCUUGUCAGACAUAUUUCUGACUGAAAAUUUCUUGGUAUGAGCUGAAUAUGUGACAAACCAACUUAUCAUAAUGUGACAUCUAACAAUAAUUGGGUCAACAGAUGAAUCUAUAUAUUACAGUAUGAGUUAUGUGCUUACAUUUCCCACAGACAGCAAUGGGGAUCAUUCAUACAGCAUCUUGUCAGGUAGAAUACAGCCUUAUGAGCCUUCACCAGAUUAUAUGAAAAAGUUUGAUGACAUUUUGUGUGAUUUUCUGAAAGAGCAAGGUGUACCUGGAGCCUCACUGUAUAUCAGUUACCAUGGAAAACCUAUCUACAAACAAGGGUAUGGUAUAAAUGAGUGCGGGGAGCCAAUAUCAUCAUCAUCUCACUUCCGUAUUGCCAGUAUAAGUAAAGUUUUUACAGCAAUUGCAGUGCUUCGGCUGUGUGAAGAAGGCCUGAUAAAUCUUGGCAAGAAAGUGUUUGGUGAGACAGGCAUUUUACAUAGAAUCAAGCCAAGAACAGAGAUUCAUUCAUCUACAAUGCAACGGUUAAGAAAUAUUACAAUAAGAGAUCUUCUGCAACAUUCUGCUGGGUGGGAUAGGGAAAAAGAAGGCGAUCAUGUGUUUUGGUUCCAGAAAGAACCACACAAGUCUGAAAUAGACGCAUGGGACAAUGAAGCUCUCAUCUCAUAUGUACUCACAUUUGGUUUGUCAUUCACACCAGGGACCCGUCAUGAAUACUCUAAUUUUGGAUACCUUGUUUUGGGAAUGGUUAUUGAAGAGAUUACUGGUAUACGAUAUGAAGAUUACGUAAGAUCUGUCCUACGAGAUAUUGGUGUUGAAGAUAUCCAUAUUGGGAGCACAACACAGGAUAAAGUUCAUCAUAUGGAAGUAAAGUAUUACAACAAUAAAGAUCCUAGAGUAGAGACAUCAGUGUUUGGCAAGGAUGAAGUUGUGUGUCCUCAAUAUGGAUCCUUCCCAAUGGAGAACACUGGCUCUUACGGCGGUUGGGUUGCUUGCGCUCAGGACCUUGUUACUAUACUGGACAAUUUGAGUAAAACAAAUGAUAUAACACUACCUAGUGAUACACCAUCUGUCCUGAAUAGACAAACAGUUUUAAAAAUGUUAGCACGGCCAAAGUUCACCCAUGGGGAUGAAUGGUAUGGACUUGGUUUAGACAUAGAAGAUAUAGGGUCCAGUUUCGGACACACAGGGGCCAUGGAAGGAACUUCAACCACAGUACAUCAUAAUCAGAAUGGUCUUACGUGGGCAUUUCUUCUAAAUUCAUGGGCCAAGGAUAUGGAUUUAGAUGGGCUGAUAAAAUACGCACUAUCGUCUGUGCAAGGACUCCCACUGUGGAAUGGCAUAGACUUCAAGUGUAGUUACGAGGACUAUUUUGUCAAGUCCCAAGACGAGCUAGAGUGUGUAACGAUUCUUUUACCGCAUAAACGCUUACUUCAAGACGUUUUGGAAAUGAAGGAAAGGGGAUAUCGAAUUUCAUGGAUUAAUGCAUUUACAGUUGACAAAAAGCCGAUGUUUAAUGUAAUUUGGCGUAAAAAUACAAGAACGGAUAGAGAGUGGUCUAUAUUUAUUGACGUUGAAAUGGUGGACUUCAAUAAUUGUUUGAAGACGAUGAAAGAGAACUGGGAAGUGAUAUUUCUGGAAUCGUAUUUCUGUGAGGACGUGUUAUACCAUCUGUUUGUAUUUCAGGAAGGGAAUCAAUCUCAACAGAAAGUGUACGUAGUGGAUAACUUGACUAAACAUCAGCAAUUUAUGAGAAUUUAUGAAAAUUCAGGUUUUCAGCUGCAGACGCAGUCUGUUUUGAUGGAAAAAGACUUGACGAUAGUUUCAGCAGUUUAUAACCAGGUACAUGAAACAUCUAAAUCAUGUUUAUCAAAGAUUUGGGUAGAUGUUACGAUGGAAGAUUUCAUCGAUACACUAGCAAAAUAUUUCAAUGAGAAACUGGAGCUUAAAUAUCUUCAAUUCUACACGACGAAUGACAUGCCGAAAAUAAGUGCCGUAUGGCAUCCAAUACCCUCUAGAAAGAACAUGUUCCAGCGUCAUGACGUUACUAAGUACGGUUUUUUGUACGAGCUGGGUGAAAGUAUGAAGUGCAAUCGUCCGGUUGCUUUCUUAUCAGCCUACCGAUAUGAAGAUGUGACCUACUUUGUAGCUAUUUGGGAAGUUUAUUAUAGGCUCAAUAAAAGUGCAGAGUAAUGGAUGUUGAAAUAGUUAUCACUGUUACGAGCAGAUUUCAUUUACUCUGCUAAUGUAAUUUUCUUGCCUUACUUUGAAUUUAAAUUGUUAUUUUAAAAUCAGGUGACAGUACCAUAUCUGGUCAUGCUGCAUGGAUGUGCUUUUUAUCCUCCCUGACAGGAGAGCAUAAUAGUUGCCACCCUGUCCUUCCUUCCGUCUUUUAAUGCCACCGCAGCAUCUGCGAUGCGGUGGCAUAUAGCGAUUCACCUGUGUGUAUGUGUGUGUGUGUGUUUGUUUGUUUGUUUGUAUGUGUGUGUGUGUGUUAUAUAGAUUAUAUAGUGAACUUAAAAAAUCUUCUUGUGAAAAACCACAAGUCCAAUUUCAACCAAACUUGGCAGGAUUGAUCCUUGGGUGAAGGGGUUCCAAACUUGUUCAAAGAAUUUCAUUCCAUGCAGAAAUCUGGUUGCCAUGGCAACCAAAAGGAAUUAAAAGAAUAAAUUUAAAAAAUCUUCUUGUAAAGACCCAAAAGGCCUAGAGCUUAGAUAUUUUGCAUAAAGCAUUGUCUGGUAGACCUCUACCAAGAUUGUUCAAAUUAUAGCCCUGGGGUCAAAAUCGGCCCCGCCCCGGGGGUCAUUGAUUUUCACUAUAUGUACAUAUAGUAAAAACUUAAAAUACCUGCUUGUAAAGACUGAAAAGGCCUAAAGCUUAGAUAUUUUGCAUAAGGCAUUGUCUGGUAGACCUCUACCAAGAUUGUUCAAAUUAUAGCCCUGGGGUCAAAAUUGGCCCGACCCCAGAGGUCAUUGAUUUUCACUAUAUGUACAUAUAGUAAAAACCUAAAAUACCUUCUUGUAAAGACUCAAAAGGCCUAGAGCUUAGAUAUUUUGCAUAAGGCAUUGUCUGGUAGACCUCUACCAAGAUUGUUCAAAUUAUAGCCCUAGGGUCAAAAUCAGCCUGCCCCGGGGGUCAUUAAUUUUCACUAUAUGUACAUAUUGUAAAAACUUAAAAUACCUUCUUGUAAAGACCCAAAAGGCCUAGAGCUUAGAUAUUUUGCAUAAGGCAUUGUCUGGUAGACCCUUACCAAGAUUGUUCAAAUUAUAGCCUGGGGUCAAAAUCGGCCCCGCCCCGGGGGUCAUUGAUUUUUUACUAUAUGUACAUAUAGUAAAAACUUAAAAUACCUUCUUGUAAAGACCCAAAAGGCCUAGAGCUUAGAUAUUUUGCAUAAGGCAUUGUCUGGUAGACCUCUACCCAGAUUGUUCAAAUUAUAGCCCUGGGGUCAAAAUCGGCCCCGCCCGGGGGGUCAUUGGUUUUCCUUAUAUGUAUAUAGUAAAAACUUAUAGUAAAAACUUUAAAAAAAAAUCUUCAAGCAAUUGACAAAUGCUAGAGGUUAGAUAUUUUGCAUGAAACAUUGUGAAGUGAACUUCUAGCAAGAUUGUUCAAAUUAUAGCCCUGGGGUCAAAAUUGCCCCCGCCCCAGGGGUCAUUGAUUUUCAAUAUAUAUAUAUAUAGUAAAAAAUCUUAUUGUCUGAAGGUACAAGGCUUAGAGCUUUAAUAUUUGUUAAAUGGUAUCAUCUAUAGGAACUCUACCAAAGUUGUUCAAAUUUUGCCUCUAGUGUCAAAAUUAGCUCCGCCCCGGGGGCCAUAGGUUUUCCUUAUAUGUAUAUAGUAAAAACUUAAAAAAUCAUCUUCUUUAAAUUUACAAAGACUAGAGUAAAGAUAUUUUGCAUGAAACAUUAUGUAGUGAACCUCUAGCAAGAUUGUACAAAUUAUAGCCCUGGGGUCAAAAUUGGCCCAACCCCCAGGGGUCAUUGAUUUUUACUAUGUACAUAUAGUAAAAAAUUAAAAAAUCCUCUUGUCUGACGGUACAAGGCUUACAGCUUUGAUAUUUGGUAUCUAAUAUCAUCUAUGGGAACUCUACUAAAGUUGUUUUAAUUAUGCCCCUAGUGUUAAAAUUGCCUUGCCCCAGAGGCGAUAUUUUUCCUUAUAUAUAUAAAGUAAAAACUUGAAAAAUCUUCUUCUCUGAAUUAAAAUAGCUUCUUCUCUGAAUUGACAAAGGCUAGAGGUUAAAUAUAUGGCAUGAGACUUUGCGAAGUGAACCUUUACCAAGAUUAUUCAAAUUAUAGCCCUGUGGUCAAAAUUGGUUCCGCCCAGGGGGUCAUUGAUUUUCAUUAUGUACAUAUAGUAAAAAAAUAAAAAAUAUUUUUUUUCUGAAGUUACAAGGCAUAGAGCUUUGAUGUUUGCUAUAUAAUAUCAUCUAUAGGUCCUCUACUAAAGUUGUUCAAAUUUUUCCCCUGGUGUCAAAAUUGGCCCUGCCCGGGGGCAGUGAUUCUCAUUAUGUACACAUAGUAAAAACAGAAAAUAAAACAAAUGUUUUCUGAAUAUGAGAAAGCUACAGCUUAGAUAUUUGACUUGAAAUGUUUUUUGGUGGACCUGUAUCAAGAUUGUUUUGAAUUAAACCCUUGGGUCCAAACUUUUGCCUUGCCCAAGGGGACAGUGACCUACUUUCUUGUCCUUUGAAAGCAAUGAAAUUUUGACCAUGUGCACAGUUUUAGUUGUAAAAUUGAACUUUGAUAUCAGGUGACCUAGAUUUUGUUGAUGUGACCUACUUUCUUGUCCUUUGAUGUACAGCUAUGAAAUUUGAACCAUGUGCACAGAUGAAGAUGUAAAGUGAACUUUGAUUUCAGCUGACCUAGAUUUUGACAAAGUGUCUUACUGUGUUGUCCUUUUGAUGAAGUCAUGAAAUUUAGGCUGUGUGAAAUAUGACCUUCACCACCAAAUUCACUAGACUCAAGUGCAUUGAUAUAUUCCCUACUCUGAUCUAUUAUUGAGUUAACAAUAUAUUUAACCACUAAUCUGAUAAUAAGAAUAAGAUAGGUCAGGGAUCUAUGCUUUAUGACAAUUUUCAAAAUUGUAUAGAAACAAAAAAAAUCUGUUCCCACACUACUAUUUAGUGUUUUAUUAAUGCGGUGGCAUAGCAUUUUUCUCAAAUGCAAUCUUGUUUUCAGUUUGAAUUAAAGAGAUAAGUAAGGCUGAUUUAUAGCAUCAUGCAGACUGGCAAUGCAACAAGGCACUAAAGUGUUUAUUGCAUAAUUUGUAAUUUGACCAAUACCAAUCUAAAUAUCUUAAAUGGACUUGUUCAUCUUUCAAUUUGGACAAAACCAUUUUGUCAUUAUUAGGGAAAAUUUCAAAAUAUAUACAAAAUGAAAAUGAGACAAUGCAGACUAUGAGCAGAUGGCACAUUUUUGCCUUAAAAUGAUGAAAAAGAUUUUGUUAAAAGGGAAAGAUGGACAAGUACAUUUAAGGUACAUUUAUUUAGCAUUGAAUUGGUUAAUGUUGAAACUAUCAUCAUUAAAAUUACAUAGGUUACAUUUUAAAAGUAAAGCUAGUAAAUUAAAUGUAUUCAUCAGUGUAAUGGCCACUUUGGUAGCAUAUCAUUUUUGAGGCGGACUUUGACAUUUUCUGUUAAGGAUUUGAUUGUAUAUAAGUUAUUGUUGUAUUAGAUGUUAAAAUCUGUUGAAAUUUUAUUUUAAUCAGUUAACUGAUAGUAAUUGAUUACAUUUACUAUUCAUUUUAAUGUAUGAUUCAUUUUUUAUAGUUGUAUUACAAAAUACAUGAUUGUAGUAUAUGCCAUGUUUUAAUGUGUUCUUUAAGUCAUUUUUAUUGAGUUUUUUUUUAAGCUAGAGAUUUUGUUUAUCUUUUAAUUGACAAUUUUCUCAGGAUUCUCAAAGGAUGUAAAAAUGUUGCAAGAAAAGUGGAUAGAGUCUACUAAUUAAAGUAUGCAUAAGUUCUCCACAAGACUUCCAUUUUUUUUGUAUACUAGUAUUGACUCAUGCAUUUCAGUAUUUUCAUAACAAUUGUUUACUGUACAUGUGUUAGUCUUGUAGAAUAAAGAAUAAAAUAUUUACAAGACUCAACAUUUGAUUUCCUGUUUGUUAAGAUUACUACUGCAUUUCUUGUUAAAUCAUGUUAAAUUAAAUAAAAAAGAAAUCUGUUUUAUAAA